AUGGAUAGAAGCCAGCAGCAGAAACAAGACGGCGUCGACGUCAUGGAGGUGCCGGAGAUCCACGGCGACCUCCUCAUGGAGCUCCUGGACGCGUCCCUCGCCGCCGAGAAUGCAGGCCACCAACAGCUUGGUUUGGCGGCCGACGUCGACGACGACGGCGACUGCUGGAUCGACGACAGCCAAGAGAGCUACGACAUCCACGCGCACCAGGACUGCGAGGACUGCGGCCUCGACGGCGGCAUACUGCCUGACUUCGACGAGUACGGGGGCUCGCGGCGGCUGAGGUCCCCGGCGCCGUACGUCGUCUUCGACCACGACGACACCCUGGAGUGGGCGGAGACGGCCGAUGCUGACGACGCCUUGGACCCGUUCACCAGCGAGUGUACGGGGGACGACUGGUACAUGGACGGCCUGGUCAUGGCCAUGGAGUGGGAGGAGCAGGACGACGGGGGGAGCGGCGGCUUCCCGUUUGAGCCCUGCUACGGAGGGGAGGCUGGCGCGGAGCAGCUGUAUGCCAGCCCGUUGUGGGAGUGA